GGAGGACGGCCUGUUUUUUGGCGCCUUGCUUCAAUGGCGCCUCCAUCACCCCGUCGGUCAUCCAGAGCCAGAACGACCAACCCUCAAUCACACCACUCGUCCGCCUCGUCGGGCACGUCCGGUCGCGCCGAGCGCACCUCGAGACCAUCAAACAAGACAUCGUCGGGCACCUCGACGCCCAGCGCUUCCCUCUCAUCCGAGCCCCUAGACGGCCUUGACGAUACCCUCCUCGGUCGCAGACGCAAACGCGGCGGCGGCGGCAGCGGCGGCGGCGGUGGCGGCGACGGUGCUGAAGACGACCACGACAAGACAUCACAUCCCGACGUACUCGACAUGGCCAACAUCAGUGGCGACGAUAUACAGGACGAGGAGGACGAGGCGGUCCGCUGCAUCUGCGGAUCAGAGGAGUACCCCGGGCGCCCGGCCGUCGAUGGUCCCGAUGCCGAGUUCUUUGCUGGCCUCGAGCUCACAGAGGACGUCACCGGCUUCUUUGUCCAGUGCGACGUCUGCAAGGUCUGGCAGCACGGUGCCUGUGUCGGCAUCUUCAGUGCUGAGAGCUCCCCGGACGAGUACUUCUGUGAGCAGUGUCGCAAGGACCUGCACAGGAUCAGCACGGACAAUAAUGGACAAAAAUACUCGAAAUAUGUACCGCUCCAUCGUCAAUCACGCGCCACCUCGCGAGCCACAUCGACGGCAAAAGAACGGACCCAGUCGCCCAGGAGCGGGGGUUCCAAGAACCCCCGCCCGACAUCCUCGUAUGCCUCGAAGCGACGCUCCACUAUGAACAGCCGCGAUGCCGCCUACGAUGACGAGCAGCUGCGCCGGGCCAUCGAGGCAAGCAAGGAAGAGGGUGGUGACGGCAGUACCGUUCUCCGACGGACCAAGCGAGGUCGCAGCGACAGCGAAGAGUAUGACCCGUUCCACCAACCUCCCCUUCGAUUCAAUCAAUCAAUUGAGCAAUGGUCUAACGCCUAUCUUCUCUUCGAAGCAGAAACGCACCCAGCAUCAAGAGGCAGCGUACUACCUCUCAAUCCCGAUCGCCCCCGGCCCAGCAGGUCGAUCGUCCUCCCAGCCGAGACGAGGUGGGAGACGAAGGACCACACGCCGACGACGAAGCCAAGAAGGCACAAAGCACUCGGGAACUGCGAGAGAGGGAGGAAAAGGAGGACGAUGACAGCACCAGAGACAUCCAGCGGCAAGAAACCACAAAUAGGCGCAGAGUCCGCAGCGAACAUCGGCGUGGCGAAGGGGGGAUAUCUGGUGAGAAGAGUCGUGUUGCGAAUGGCAGCUGACAAAGAAACAUCUAAAACAGAUUCCGAUCCGUCCGAUGAGACUCUUUCAGAACCCGCCAAGAACCCACCGCCAGAGAAGAGUGAGGAGGAACACCCCACAACAAUGCCCGAACAGCAGCAGCAGCAGCAGCAACAAGGGCAGCAGUCGGCUCCCAAGCAGCAGCAGCAGCAGCAGCAGCAGCAGCAACCGCCCCCACCGGGCACACCGCCUACGAUGCAUACGCCAACAAUGGCCAACUCACACAAGAAGACGGCCGCCCGCAGCCAUCACAAGAGAACAAAGGGCAGAAACCAAUACACAAAAGAUCGUGACCUGGAAAAUCACCCGGUCGACGGCGCCGGAUCCCCCGCGAGGUCCAUGUCUCGCGAUAUCUCACAGAACGAUUCCGGUCACGGGAACGGAGACGGAAUCGGAAUCGGAAACGCUAGCGGCAACGGCAACGGCAACGGCAGUGGCAGUGGCGGCAGCAACGGCCCGGCAGCAACCACGACGACAGCCAAGUCAUCGACAACGUCACACGGCCACCACGAGCUCUCGAAGCACCAGUCAAAGAGCAAAGCAGCUAUGGCGCACAAGAUGAGCAUGCUGGACAUGAGGAGACGGGUGGGCGCCAUCAUGGACUUCAUCUCGCGCACGCAGGUCGACCUCGCCGCCGAGGGAGCCAUGACCUCAUCCUCCAGCUCGUCCAACGCCUCCAACCCGGGCAGCGGACAGGCUUCACCGCAGAAGGGCGGCACCCCCUCGAGACAGCUACGCGGCGAAGCGGGUGACGCAGAGGCGGCAGCAGGUGGCACAGAUGCGGGUGCGAAUGCGGGUGAGAAGGAUUUCAAGGAUCUGAACUGUAUGGAGAUGAUGGACGUUUUGACACGAGAUAUGGUCAAGUGGCAGAACCAGUAUACCUGA